GCAGUUGCUGCCCCCGCGGGUCACCAUCCCGGAGCGAGCCCCGCUUCGCCCGCGGCUGCAGCCCGGCAGCACCCCUCUCCGUCGCACAGUGUCCGCUGCGCCCGCUUCCGACAUGACCCGCACAGUUGGAGCCACGGCUCGUACCUUCUCACAGCCUCGGACCCUGCGCCGGGUGUUCGUGGUGGGGGUUGGGAUGACCAAGUUCAUGAAGCCUGAAGUUGAGAAUUCAAGAGACUACCCUGACUUGGCAAAAGAAGCAGGUCAGAAGGCUUUAGCUGAUGCACAGAUUCCUUACUCAGCAGUGGAACAGGCAUGUGUUGGUUACGUUUAUGGUGACUCUACCUGUGGGCAGAGGGCUAUCUAUCACAGUUUGGGACUGACUGGAAUUCCUAUAAUCAAUGUUAACAAUAACUGUUCUACUGGUUCUACUGCAUUGUUUAUGGCCCGGCAGCUGAUUCAGGGUGGUACGGCAGAUUGUGUCUUGGCUCUUGGGUUUGAGAAGAUGGAGAAGGGAUCCAUUUCAGCAGCAUUUUCAAACAGGACUAAUCCAAUGGAUAAACAUCUUGAGGUCCUAAUGAAUAAGUAUGAGUUGUCUCCCCUACCAAUAAGUCCUCAGAUGUUUGGGUUUGCCGGAAAAGAGCACAUGGAAAAAUAUGGAACAAAAGCUGAACACUUUGCAAAAAUUGGAUGGAAAAAUCACAAACACUCAGUUAAUAACCCGUAUUCCCAGUUCCAAAAGGAAUACAGUUUAGAUGAAGUGAUGACUUCUCGAAAAGUUUUUGAUUUUCUGACUGUCUUACAAUGUUGUCCCACUUCAGAUGGUGCUGCAGCAGCAAUUUUGGCUAGUGAAGAAUUUGUAAAGAAGCAUGGUCUUCAGUCCAAAGCUGUGGAAAUUCUGGCACAGGAGAUGAUGACUGAUUUGCCAAGCUCAUUUGAAGAAAAUAGUGUUAUUAAAAUGAUUGGCUUUGAUAUGAGUAAAGAAGCUGCCAGAAAGUGCUAUGAGAAAUCUGGCCUGAGACCAAGUGAUAUUGAUGUAAUAGAACUUCAUGAUUGCUUUUCUUCCAACGAACUCCUUACUUAUGAAGCCUUGGGACUCUGUCCAGUAGGACAAGGUGGAAAACUGGUUGAUAGAGGAGAUAAUACUUAUGGAGGAAAGUGGGUCAUAAAUCCUAGUGGUGGAUUGAUUUCAAAGGGACACCCACUAGGAGCUACAGGUCUGGCGCAGUGCGCUGAGCUCUGCUGGCAGCUGAGAGGGGAAGCCGGGAAAAGACAAGUUCCUGGUGCAAAGGUUGCUCUGCAGCAUAAUUUAGGCCUUGGAGGAGCUGCAGUUGUCACAAUCUACAAGAUGGGGUUUCCCGAAGCUGCCAGAACUCAUCAAAUUGAGGCUGCUCCAACCAGUGCUGCAGUUGAAGGAUUUAAGGCAAAUCUUGUCUUUAAGGAGAUUGAGAAGAAGCUUGAAGAGGAAGGGGAACAGUUUGUGAAGAAAAUCGGUGGUAUUUUUGCCUUCAAGGUGAAGGAUGGCCCCGGGGGUAAAGAAGCCACCUGGGUGGUGGAUGUGAAGAAUGGCAAAGGAUCAGUGCUUCCUAACUCAGAUAAGAAGGCCGACUGCACAAUCACAAUGGCUGACUCAGAUUUGAUUGCUCUAAUGACUGGUAAAAUGAACCCUCAGGCGGCCUUCUUUCAAGGCAAAUUGAAAAUCACUGGCAACAUGGGUCUGGCCAUGAAGUUACAAAAUCUUCAGCUCCAGCCUGGCAAAGCUAAGCUGUGAAGAACUUCCUGUGCCUACCUUUGAAAAUAAAGAUGAGACUUACAGAUAUAUAUCCAUAUAUUCACUGUCAGAACUUAGACUGAAUCCAUGUAUUGGCAAAUAGCAUGAGAUUUGUUUUUAAAUGGGUGUGACCAAUCCUGUUUUUCUCAAGCUCUGGGUGAAUAGAGCCUGAUGGUAUACUACUGCUUUGCUGAAUUGCAUACAACUGUGCAUGACAAAGUUAAUAUGGUAAUUAUGGUUUGGGGUAAAAUUGAGUUUCAGAAUAAAAUUAGGAACAGCAAAAUCCAAAAACUAUGUAAACAAAAGCUCUCAUUUUGCUUAUGAAGUAUAUUUGAAGAUUGUUCUGCUGAAGGUUCAAUUUAAGUUUUCCUUGGGAGAACUAGGGGAGAAACAAAAUACCAGAAGCUGGCCAGUAAUUAGUGUGCACACUUAAGGACCUUAAUCUGUUUUCCAUUAAUAGUUUUUAAAAUUCUGUACUGGGAUUAAAAAAAUUUAAAAUUUUGGAUUUUGUGCCAUCAGAAUGGUAUUUUCUUCCCAAAUCUAAAUAAAAGAAAUAUGAUCUGAGCUUGGGGGAAAUUUUUAUAGCUGAACACAGGCCUAUUUUUAAAAUAAAAAUAUUUUUAAAUUAGUUUUCUUCUUGAAAAAUCAGUGUUAAAUUAUUUUAAUAAAAU